UGGGGCUGAGCAUCUCUGUGAGAGGGCUCCUCGGUCCCCAGAAGCAGGGUUUUUUGUGUGUGUGCCUAGGGAUUGGAGAGGCCUCAAGGGGUAGUUGAGAACCUCUGCAUCAGACAUUCUGAAGGAGAGGAGAUGAAGUAGAUCUGUGACUUUCUGAAGGGAAGAGACCCCGGUAUGGGAGGAAGUAAAUCAAGUUAAAAACAGGUGGCUUUCUAGCAGGACAGGACAUGGUAAUUGGAAAAGAUGAAGAGUAAGUAGAAAGGACUCUGGCAUCCAGAGUUUGUUUCAUUUACCUGAAAAAGAGGGUACCCUGCGCUGUGGGACUAAAGAAAUGAGAGUAAGAGGAUCAAAUGAGGGGAGCAAGAGAAUCAGGGAAGAGAGUAGAUUUGGGGUUGGCACAGGGUAUUUCUGUGUUAGCGUAGAGCAGGGCAAUCUGAAGGUAGAUUGGGGGUGGAGGGUGGUUGUCUAGGACUCAGAUGCUGGGAGGAGUACUUCCCAUUGCAGAGACCUGUCAAGGAAGGAGGAGUAGCUCAGUGUACCUGCCUAGGGCAGGCAGGACCCUGGAAGGAAUGCCGAUGGCUAGAAAUGUCUCCAAAGAAAAGUGAUGUGCUUUACGGCAGAGACUCUAGACUCAGAUUUUUGUGUUGGGCAAGUCACUUCACCUCUGAGCUCUGGCUUCCUUGUGUGUAAAAUUGGGAUAUAAUAAUAGUGCCCCCCUCCCUGCUUGGGGAUGAAUGAGAUUACCUGUGUAAGGGGCUUAGCACUGGGCCUGCCUGUUAUUAGGAGGUAAAUGUUUUAGAGAACAGAGAAGGGCCCCAGAAUCAUAAGCUUCUCUGGGCGAGGCUUCCUCUGUGAGCGCAGGAGAGAUUCUCGGAAAGAAAGAUAUGAGGCUUUUGUGGCAAGAACAGCACUGUGCUUAGGGCCUGGAAAAAACGCAAUGGUAUGAAAGGGCCCCCUGUAUUCUAAUUAAGGAGUUAUUCUUCCUUUCUCUCCUAUCCAUUACAGCAAAAUCCUCUGAGCCCCUUUUAUGCCCCUCUCCAACCCUUCCUUCAGCCCUGGUAAACAGACCUGUAGCGAACCACGUGAUCUGUAUGACUUUCCUCCCUUUGGGCCGCACCUGGUUUGUGCCCAGAUACAUGUGUCCUCUGAGAAAGGAUCCAAUCAGUUGGCAAGCAGCAGAAUAGUCUCUCCUUCCCCAUGGUUCCGCCUCACUGGUCCUGGCACAGUCACUAGUAGGGCCCUGGAGGCACCUUGCAGAGCCUGCCCCUGGGGUGGAGAACCUGCUUGCUACUCAACCUAGGUUUCCAAAGUUCUCUCUGGGUUUGGCUACAGGGUUCUCCUUGAAGGAGUUUCAGAUUUUAGUCCCAUCUGUGAGCUUUCACAUGUGUCACCCCACCCCCAGGAAUGUUUUCUCCAUUCUCAUCACUGGGUUAUCACCACUUAUGUAUCCUUUGAGUCCAAGCUUAUCUGUUACUUUCUGGGUCCCUGAUCUCAGCCCCUGGUACUUCUUCAUAGCCCUUAAUACAAUACAAUUUUUGUGCUUUCAGUUUUGUUUAAUGUGUGUCUGUCUCACUAAGCUGAAAUUUGUUCUUAGUUGUAUCCUAGCAUGUGGUGUGUAGUAUGUACUCUACUCCAUGAAUAGUUGAUUUUUUUUUUUUUUUCCCUUUUUUGGCCUCACUGCACAACUUGCGGAAUCUUAGUUCCUCAACCAGGGAUUAAACCCUGGCCCCAGCAGUGAAAGCACUAAAUCCUAACCACAGGAAAUUCCUUGAUGUUGUUAUUCUUGCCACCCUUCAGUUGAGUUCCUCCUGGAUCCACAAAAACACCUUCCUGAAACACUUCCUGCCUAACUCCAAAUGUUUUAGGGCUUAUCCCUAAUGAGUUUGAAGGCCACUAUUAUCAUGACUCCUGUUUUCUUAACAGUUCCUUUUCCUUCCUCCCCCAUUUCCCCUUCAACUGAGAUGGUUACCCCUUAUCUUUACAGCUAUUGCAGGGUAGAAGAGAUUCAUAAAGAGACUUGGCUCUGCAGAUGUCAUGGACAAUAUUACCAUGCAGAACCAAUUCUAUGAGACGCAGGUCAUCAAGCAAGAGAACGAGUCAGGCUACGAGAGGAGACCACUGGAAAUGGACCAGCAGCAGCAGGCCUAUCGCCCAGAAGUGAAGACAGAGAUGAAGCAAGAAGCACCCACCAGCUUCCUCCCACCCGAAGCAUCUCAACACAAACCAGACAGACAGCAGUUCCAGAGUCGCAAGAGGCCUUACGAAGAAAACCGGGGACGAGGGUACUUUGAGCACCGAGAGGAUAGGAGGGGGCGAUCUCCUCAGCCUCCGGCUGAAGAGGAUGAAGAUGACUUUGACGACACGCUUGUGGCCAUUGACACAUAUAACUGCGACCUCCAUUUCAAGGUGGCCCGAGACCGGAGUAGUGGCUACCCGCUCACGAUUGAAGGUUUUGCAUACCUGUGGUCAGGAGCCCGUGCCAGCUAUGGGGUCAGAAGGGGCCGUGUGUGCUUUGAGAUGAAGAUCAAUGAAGAAAUCUCUGUGAAGCACCUUCCAUCUACAGAGCCCGACCCACAUGUGGUCCGCAUUGGUUGGUCCCUGGACUCCUGCAGCACUCAGCUAGGUGAAGAGCCUUUCUCCUAUGGCUAUGGAGGCACUGGGAAGAAGUCCACCAAUAGUCGCUUUGAAAACUAUGGAGACAAGUUUGCAGAGAAUGAUGUAAUUGGCUGCUUUGCGGACUUUGAAUGUGGAAAUGACGUGGAGCUUUCCUUCACCAAAAAUGGGAAGUGGAUGGGCAUUGCCUUCCGAAUCCAGAAGGAAGCCUUAGGGGGUCAGGCACUCUACCCUCACGUCCUGGUGAAGAACUGUGCGGUGGAGUUCAAUUUCGGGCAGCGGGCAGAGCCCUACUGUUCCGUCCUGCCAGGCUUCACCUUCAUCCAGCACCUUCCCCUGAGUGAGCGCAUCCGGGGCACCGUCGGACCAAAGAGCAAGGCAGAGUGUGAGAUUCUAAUGAUGGUGGGCCUGCCCGCUGCUGGGAAAACCACGUGGGCCAUCAAACAUGCAGCCUCCAACCCCUCCAAGAAGUACAACAUCCUGGGUACCAAUGCCAUCAUGGAUAAGAUGCGGGUAAUGGGCCUACGCCGUCAGCGAAACUACGCCGGCCGCUGGGAUGUCCUGAUCCAGCAGGCCACUCAGUGCCUCAACCGUCUCAUCCAGAUUGCUGCCCGCAAGAAGCGCAACUAUAUCCUAGAUCAGACAAAUGUUUAUGGGUCAGCCCAGAGGCGAAAAAUGAGACCAUUUGAAGGCUUCCAGCGCAAAGCUAUUGUAAUUUGUCCCACUGACGAGGACCUGAAAGACCGAACCAUAAAGCGAACUGACGAAGAAGGGAAGGAUGUCCCAGAUCACGCGGUCUUAGAAAUGAAAGCCAACUUCACGUUGCCCGAUGUCGGGGACUUCCUGGACGAGGUGCUGUUCAUCGAGCUGCAGAGAGAGGAGGCAGACAAGCUGGUGAGGCAGUACAACGAGGAGGGCCGCAGGGCCGGCCCGCCGCCUGAGAAGCGCUUUGACAGCCGGGGCGGGGGCGGCUUCCGGGGCCGCGGGGGUGGCGGCGGUUUCCAGCGCUUUGACAACCGAGGGCCCCCAGGGGGCAACCGAGGAGGCUUCCAAAAUCGAGGAGGAGGCAGCAGUGGAGGAGGCAACUACCGAGGAGGUUUCAACCGCAGUGGAGGUGGUGGCUACAACCAGAACCGCUGGGGUAACAACAACCGGGACAACAACAACUCCAACAACCGAGGCAGCUACAACCGGGCUCCCCAGCAACAGCCCCCCCCACAGCAGCCACCACCACCACAGCCACCACCACAGCAGCCUCCACCGCCACCCACCUACAGCCCUGCCAGGAACCCCCCAGGGGCCAGCGGCUACAACAAGAACAGCAACAUCCCCGGCUCAAGCGCCAGUACCAGCACCCCUCCUGUCAGCAGCUACAGCCCUCCACAGCCGAGUUACAGCCAGCCGCCUCCCUACAACCAGGGAGGGUACAGCCAGGGCUACACAGCCCCACCACCUCCACCUCCUCCACCACCUGCCUACAACUAUGGGAGCUACGGCGGCUACAGUCCAGCCCCUUACACCCCACCACCGCCCCCCGCGGCACAGACCUACCCUCAGCCCAGCUAUAACCAGUAUCAACAGGUAAGUGCCAGAAGCAGGGAAGGUAGAAUGGGGCCCCACACGGAUGUGUAUUCCCAGACUCUUCCCUAAAAUGAUGGGCAGUCU